AUGGGAAACUCUGAGAGCCAGUAUAGCAUCCAGGGUUCUAGAAGCAAUAGUUUUAUCAUUCCUGGUAGACAGAAACCCUAUUCUUUCAAGGGCCACUCUGCCAAAGAAGACGUUUUAUCACCUCUAGGCUUUUGGAAUGCUGGUUCAGGAUACUCUGGAUUGAAGCCCAGAAACAUAGGUCGUAGCUCCUCCCCAUCAAAGAGCAACCGCACCUUUAUGUCCCGCCAAUAUGACUACAUCACCCAUAAACUAAAGAGUGGUGCCAAUAGUCAGUGGAAUGGGGUUUCUGAGGACUUGCUGCCUGGUGGCUGCUUGACAUUGCCUUCUGAAAAUGGCUGCUUGUAUGGUAGUCACAAGGAGAAAAGGAACCUUAAUUAUGCUGUUAACACAAUGAAGACACUAGAGAAAAGUCCCAGGCUUGCGGAAAUGGAGGAUCAGAGCAGCCCCAGGGUCGUUAUAAAGAAAGAUGGUAGUGUACGAGUAGAAUUCAACAACAGUUCCAACAGUGCUCUUAUUUUGGAUGAUUGCACUGGACCAGUUCAGCUCCUCAAGUUUUCUCCAACCUUAGAGUCCAAUUCUUGCUUAUCUGGUGUAACACCAUCAUUAGAAGCCCAUUUUGGAGCCCCACAGGCAGUUGCCAGCUUCAAGAGCAGUAAAGGUAGCUCUCUGAGCUCAGAUGGCUCCUUGUACGACUUGCCCUGGGGGAAUAGUGUUGAACUUCACGAUUCAGACAAUGGAUCCCCUAACAGCCAAAGUAUUUCAACAAAAGUGGGUUUUCUUGCUGAGCAGUUGCCUGCCAUUACUACAGCUGACCUCUACAGGGAUCCCAGAAUUGCUGCCACCUUCCCCACGGUUAAGGAUUUGCAGUUUUCAAAUAAUAGCCAUUUAAAGCACAGGUCCUCCUUUGUGUCUGUGAUGGAGGAACUCGGAUCCGGGAUGGGAAACUCUGAGAGCCAGUAUAGCAUCCAGGGUUCUAGAAGCAAUAGUUUUAUCAUUCCUGGUAGACAGAAACCCUAUUCUUUCAAGGGCCACUCUGCCAAAGAAGACGUUUUAUCACCUCUAGGCUUUUGGAAUGCUGGUUCAGGAUACUCUGGAUUGAAGCCCAGAAACAUAGGUCGUAGCUCCUCCCCAUCAAAGAGCAACCGCACCUUUAUGUCCCGCCAAUAUGACUACAUCACCCAUAAACUAAAGAGUGGUGCCAAUAGUCAGUGGAAUGGGGUUUCUGAGGACUUGCUGCCUGGUGGCUGCUUGACAUUGCCUUCUGAAAAUGGCUGCUUGUAUGGUAGUCACAAGGAGAAAAGGAACCUUAAUCAUGCUGUUAACACAAUGAAGACACUAGAGAAAAGUCCCAGGCUUGCGGAAAUGGAGGAUCAGAGCAGCCCCAGGGUCGUUAUAAAGAAAGAUGGUAGUGUACGAGUAGAAUUCAACAACAGUUCCAACAGCGCUCUUAUUUUGGAUGAUUGCACUGGACCAGUUCAGCUCCUCAAGUUUUCUCCAACCUUAGAGUCCAAUUCUUGCUUAUCUGGUGUAACACCAUCAUUAGAAGCCCAUUUUGGAGCCCCACAGGCAGUUGCCAGCUUCAAGAGCAGUAAAGGUAGCUCUCUGAGCUCAGAUGGCUCCUUGUACGACUUGCCCUGGGGGAAUAGUGUUGAACUUCACGAUUCAGACAAUGGAUCCCCUAACAGCCAAAGUAUUUCAACAAAAGUGGGUUUUCUUGCUGAGCAGUUGCCUGCCAUUACUACAGCUGACCUCUACAGGGAUCCCAGAAUUGCUGCCACCUUCCCCACGGUUAAGGAUUUGCAGUUUUCAAAUAAUAGCCAUUUAAAGCACAGGUCCUCCUUUGUGUCUGUGAUGGAGGAACUCGGGUCAGAGGGGGGCCAGGAGGAAAAGCAAUAUUCUUCCUUCACCUUACCUAGCCAGAAACCAAAGCCUUUUCUAGACAAUAAUGGAAAGAAAGUGUCCAUCAGGAACAGAAUUAGGCGUAUUAGUGACUGGACUGGAAGUUUGACCAGGAAAAAAUGGAAGUUUCAGGAGCCGAGAUAUAAUGAGCCCGUCGAUUGCUUUGAUAGUGGUGUGGAUGGCCUCACUGCCGAUACCAGUUCUCCCUCUCAGGUCUCCAGCUUUCUGACGGUUCCACACGGCAUGCCUCAAACCCGCUCUCACUCUCUGUCACUGAACUCCCACAGCGGCUCUGCUGGUGCCCUUCAUUUGGGUACCGAUGUUUUGCGGCAGAACAUCUACAAGAACUUCAUGAGGGAGCUGAAGACCGGUCGGCCUCCAGCAGAAGGUGGACGAGAAGAUUGGCGCGAGAGCUCCUCAGAAGAAACAGAGAGCAGUAGUCAAGAAGUCCUCGGGUGUCUAGAGCAGCUGGACUUGCUGUUUGAGAAAGAAAAGGGUGUAGUUAGGCGGGCCGGAUGGCUCUCCUUCAAGCCAUUGCUUACUGUACACAAGGACCGCAAAUUAGAGCUAGUAGGCCGUCGAAAAUGGAAACAAUUCUGGGUCACUCUAAAAGGCUGCACAAUGCUGUUCUAUGAGACCUAUGGAAAAGCCUCUUCAGAUCCAGAGUCUCCAUGCUAUGCCUUGUUAGCAGAGGAUGGUGUAGUCCAGGCAGUUCCUGAGCACCCCAAGAAAGAGAACGUGUUCUGCCUCAGUAAUGCCUAUGGUGAUGUCUACCUUUUUCAGGCCUCCAACCAGACUGACCUAGAGAACUGGGUAACCGCCAUUCAUUCGGCUAGCGCAUCUUUAUUUGCGAAACGCUACGGGAAAGAGGACACGCUGCGCUUAUUACAUGGACAGAUCCAUGGUCUUCUCCAGAAGAUCGACAUGGACAGCAAGAUGAGGAAAAUGGCAGAGCUGCAGUUGUCCAUCGUUGGUGACCCCAAAAAUAGAAAGGCUAUUGAAAACCAGAUCCAACAGUGGGAACAGAAUCUUGAGCGCUUCAACAUGGACCUUUUCCGCAUGCGCUGCUACCUGGCCAGUUUACAAGGUGGAGAGUUACCCAACCCCAAGAGCCUGCUAGCCACGGUCAGCCGCCCGACCAAAGCUGCACUAGCCCGUCUGGGAAUCUUCUCCGUGUCCUCCUUCCAUGCACUGAUCUGUUCCAGAGAUGAAGCCACAAUGCGAAAGCGUUCUCUGUCUCUGUCCCACCGAGGUCGCAGUAAGAAAGGGGUCUUUUCCUCCCUGAAGGGCCUGGAUACUCUUACCAAGCGAGGUCAUGAAAAAAAGCCUUCAGUCUCACAGAGGUUAGGUAGUAUGGCUAAUGUUUACUCAAUCGUGCCACCUGAAGGCAGCCAAUGGGAUUGCAGCCAAGAAAACACAACGUGCAUCUAUAUGCCGAAUUACCAGACUGUUACCGUCCUUCUGAAACCUCAUCACACUGUCACGGAUGUCUUGGCCGAGACCUGCAGGCUCAUGGGCCUGGACCCUAGCCUACACUUCUUAAGGCUGAGAAGAUGUGUAGGAGACAGGAUGGAGGUAUCAACCCCAUCGGCCGACGAGCUCCUGCAGGACAUGUCUUAUGACGAUUUGGAGGUCAGCCAGCUGAAUGUCUACACUCUGCAUAUGUCUAGACCUAGUCUAACUGGAGACUUUGGCUUUGCUGUUACAGGCUAUGUAGACAACCUGAAAAACAGCCGUAUCGAUGUCAGAGAAGUUCUCCCUGAUGGGCUUGCUUUCAGCAAAGGUCUGAGGCCCGGUGAUGAGAUCAUGGUUUUAAAUGGUUGUGCGGUGUCUUCUCUGGACCUGGCUCUUAUACAGACUUUAUUCAACGAACAGAGUCUGCAACUGACUGUGAAACGCCAUCCACCCUCCAUUCAGCACAGUACAGAUACAGCAAACACACAGUCUCUACGCAGGGAGAAACUCCAAAGCCACCUAAGAGCCAAGUCCUCAACAGAUGUGUCCUGUGUGGCAGAAAACUUAGGCUUGCCUGUAGAUGAUGGUUUUCAGAAUCCAUACCACAAACAUCGAACAGUUCAGCACAGCAAGAGUGUGGAUACAGUGUGUUCGCUGUACCACUCAUUCCAGGAAGGCUCUGGAGGUCUGAUGGAGGGCCAGGAGCAAACGGGGCCAGAGGCUCCCACGCUCAGGCCCUGUCCACGUCAUAUGUCUGCCACAGAGAGACUACGCAAGGUCAUCCAGGAAUUAGUGGACACGGAGAAAUCCUAUGUAAAGGAUCUUAACUGCCUGUUUGAAAUUUACUUGAAGCCCCUGCAAAAGGAGACCUUUCUCACCCAAGACGAGAUGGAAAGUCUAUUUGGCAGUCUUCCAGAGAUGCUGGAGUUCCAGAAAGUUUUCCUGCAGACCCUGGAGGAGAAGAUUAGUUUGUUCCCCAACUUUAACAUGCUCGAGACCCCUUUACAAUUCAAGAAGCUGCUCUUCUCAUUGGGUGGUUCGUUUUUGUAUUAUGCAGAGCACUUCAAACUUUACAGUGGCUUUUGCGCCAACCACAUUAAAGUGCAGAAGGUUCUGGAACGAGCUAAAACGGAUCGGUCGUUUAAGGAGUUCCUCGAUGCAAGGAAUCCAACCAAGCAGCACUCAACCACACUAGAGUCCUACCUAAUCAAACCAGUGCAAAGAGUACUGAAAUACCCCCUGUUGCUCCGCGAGCUGGUGUCUCUAACGGACACGGACAGUGAGGAACACUACCACCUCACAGAGGCACUGAAAGAAAUGGAAAAAGUCGCAAGCCACAUAAAUGAAAUGCAGAAGAUCUAUGAAGACUAUGGUGCAGUAUUUGACCAGCUGGUAGCAGAUCAAAGUGGCACUGAGAAAGAGGUCACAGAGAUUUCUAUGGGACAGUUCCUCGUACAUUCCUCAGUGAUCUGGCUCAACCCGUUCCCAUCGCUGGGCCGUAUGAAAAAGGAUCCCGAGUUGAAUGUUUUUGGUGAGGCUCUGGUCUUUUCCCAUGAAACCAUAUUUUUAUAUAAAGCAUUUUUCCCAUGAAACAUUCUUAUCUUUCCAUGUGCCAAAGUAAAUGUUUUAUCUUAAUAUAUUAAAUAAAUAAUGCAAAUAUUAAGAUUUUGUCACGCGACACUCAGCUUGAACUUCACACAGAACUUUUUAUAGAUCUAAGUAUGUUAGGCUUGUUUCAGAUAUAUUGGCAGCAGUUCUGCAGCCUCAAAAACAAACAAUUCUGUUC